UAUAUAUAAAGAACUGUUGAGUUUUAUCAUUUUCGUUAAGUGACCGUGAGCAGCGCUAUAACUGCAAAAUGGGGAAACAGAAUAGCAAACUGGCCCCUGAAGUAAUGGAGGACCUGGUGAAGAGCACAGAGUUUAACGAGCAUGAGCUCAAGCAAUGGUACAAAGGAUUCCUCAAGGACUGUCCAAGUGGGAGGCUGAAUCUUGAGGAAUUUCAGCAGCUCUAUGUGAAGUUCUUCCCUUACGGGGACGCCUCCAAGUUUGCCCAGCACGCCUUCCGAACCUUCGACAAGAACGGGGACGGCACCAUCGACUUCCGAGAGUUCAUCUGCGCCCUGUCCAUCACCUCCAGGGGCAGCUUCGAGCAGAAGCUGAAUUGGGCCUUCAACAUGUACGACCUGGACGGCGACGGCAAGAUCACCCGCGUGGAGAUGCUGGAGAUCAUUGAGGCCAUCUACAAGAUGGUGGGCACUGUGAUCAUGAUGAAAAUGAAUGAGGACGGCCUCACGCCCGAGCAGCGAGUGGACAAGAUUUUCAGCAAGAUGGAUAAAAACAAAGACGACCAGAUCACGCUGGACGAGUUCAAAGAAGCCGCCAAGAGCGACCCUUCCAUUGUGUUACUGCUGCAGUGUGACAUUCAGAAAUGAGCUGAGGCUGACGCCACGGACUGCACAGAAGUCUCAGUGUCCCAUUCGGUUUGCAGCUAUUCAUACACGCACACACACAUUGCUUGGACUGCCUACACACGGACUUGCUUCUUGUGUUUGAAACACUUGUGUGCAUGAGAAUGUCAUUUGCUAAUGAAUUUUAAAAAGCAUAUAUUAUAAAACAAACAAACAAACAACCUGCCACAAUGUGAUAUGUGUAAUAUUAUUUCCUAACCAACCCUCCUUCUCCCAAAGCCUGGCCAGAAAUGUGCAGCCAAGAGUUCUAGGAUUUCUUGUUCAUGUUUUGCUAAUGCUUGUGUCUCCUUGAUUACAUGAUAUUAGUAGCACUGAGAACCCCCCACAGUAAUGUAACUUAAUGAUUAUAAGCUGUGUCACCAUCCUCCUGUAAAGUAGCACUGGACACACACACAGUGGGGUGCUUGGCUCCUCCGUGUGGUCCACCCACAAGAGCUUGUAGCACCGGUGAAUAUAAAUGUACUGCAUUUGCAUGCCUUUUAGGUUUGCCUUCACUCUUACCUCAUUUGCAUCCUACCAAUCUGGAAAGAGCUGUUUUGGAAUUAACGCAGUAUAAAACUUAAAACUCCUGCUAGAUGACUCAUUAACUAAGUAUAUCUAUCUAUAUAUACAUAUACACAGAGAUAUUAUUUAUUGAAAGUAAAAAAAAAAAGAUGAAUGUGUAUUGAUUUCUGCUUGAAUUUUCAAAGGCUUCCGAAGAGGUGGCAGUUGACGUCCCAAAUAAAUUUAUAACAUUUGACUUUUUCCUUUAAUUCUUAUUUCACAAUUUUAAAUUUGAAACAGAUGUUCAUAAUCAUAAAGGGUCAGCUAGUGACGAUUUACCAAAUCUACCCUUAAACAGAAAACUCUGGAUUUCAAAGAAUGAAUGACAAUGAAAGGGGGGAAAAAGCAACCUUCCCACUUCAUCCUGGCCCUCAAGAGGGGCAAUUCAUACUCAGUUCAAUCACAGCUGUGCUGAUGAUAAACUCGGGGUUGAGGAGUCAUUUGUAUGAUGUAUUUAAGUCACUGGACACACAUGAAUUUAAAGUUGUAUUUUUAGAAGUUACACAUAUUUUAAAAGAACAAUUUCCUUUUUUCUUUUCUUUUAAUUAAUGUUACUAUUAAUUAGAACAUUAAAGAUAUUUUCCCUUAUGAUGCUUGAAACCAAAACUUUGUGAGGCCAAAGCAAUGAAUAGUCUUUGACUCAGUAAGAGAUGCUUGGACACCUGAGGGUUGUAUUUCCCCAUUAACACUCAAAAACCAUCACAAAAAUUCAGACACUGAAUUUAUUUAAUAGAAGUUUACACAUUUGGUAUAUUCUAUUUUUUAUUUGAAAAAGCACAUGUAUGUUAAAAUGGUUUUGAUAGAAAUUAUUUAUACAUGUAACUU